AUGAGGCCGCUGGGAAAAGUGCUCUGUGCCACAGGCAUUGCAGCUGUGCUCAUAGCUUUCUUCUGGAAAGACUCUUUUGACCCAGGAGGACUGGACUACCUGGUGCUGAACCACAUCGGGGUGACCCAUUUCCAGAUGUGGACUGGGGAUGUGGAGUACACUCGCUGGCUCAUGCAGGUGAACUUCUUGAGUUAUGUGGCACUUAGCACAGCAGCUCUUCCCACCCUGGAGGAGAAUGGAGGUUCUCUGGUGGUUGUGUCUUCCCUCACAGGGAGAAUACCCACUCCCUUCACCACCUCCUACUCUGCCACCAAGUUUGCCCUGGAUGGAUUCUUCGGCUCCCUGCGCCACGAGCUCUCCAUGCAGCAGAGAAAUGUCUCUGUCACUCUCUGCAUCCUGGGGCUGAUCGACACUGAGUCGGCGCUGGAGAACAUCAGGGGCAAAGUGCACCUGAGUGCUGCUCCUGCCCCCGAGGCCGCGCUCGCCAUCGUCCGCGGCGGCGCCACACGGGCACGGGAGAUCUUCUAUCCCAGCUGGCUGCAGCAGCUCUGCUGCCUCUGGGCUCUGUCCCCCAGCAAUGGGGACUGGGUGCUGCAAAGCUUCUACAACUACAGCAGCACUUAA